AUGGUUGGUAAGAAUGAAGGUGGAAAUGCCAUUCUUCAAGAAGCCCUUUUGCAUGGUAGUGCUAGUAAUGGUAUAGAGUCCAAUAAGUCUGGCGGGGGUGAAACUGUGACCCCUUAUUCCAGUGCUAGUUUCUUUUGUGUCCUUACUUUCUCUUGGAUGGGUAAUUUGAUUGCUGCCGGCUCCAAAAAAACGUUGGACCUCGAGGAUGUUCCUCAGCUUGCCAGUAUUGAUAGUGUCAGGUCGGCUUUUCCAAUUUUGAGAAAUAAGGUAGAAUCGGAUUGCGAGAGUAGUAGUAAAGUGACAACAUUUGUGCUGGUGAAGGCUUUGAUUUUCACGGUAUGGAAGGAAAUUCUAUUAUCAGCUUUUCUUGUGCUUGCUUACACAUUGGCUACUUAUGUCGGCCCCUACCUCAUUGAUACUUUCGUUCAAUACCUUAAUGGUCGUCGCGGAGUCAAAAACGAAGGUUAUCUUUUGGUUUCUACAUUCUUCAUUGCAAAGGUAGUUGAGUGUCUUGCACAGAGGCACUGGUUUUUUAAGUCCCAACAGGCUGGAUUUAGAGCUAGGGCUGCAUUGGUUGCCAUGAUCUACAAUAAGGGUUUGACCCUUUCAUGUCAAUCAAAACAGAGUCACACUAGUGGGGAGAUCAUCAAUUUCAUGACCGUUGAUGCGGAGAGAAUUGGUGACUUCGGUUGGUAUAUGCAUGAUCCUUGGAUGGUGCUCUUACAAGUUGCUUUGGCUUUGGCAAUCUUAUACAAAAAUCUUGGGCUUGCUUCAAUUGCUACAUUUGUUGCUACUGUGCUAGUGAUGUCGGCAAACUUUCCUUUGGGAAAGUUGCAGGAGAAAUUUCAGGAAGAACUAAUGGCAUCUAAAGAUCGAAGGAUGAAGUCCACGUCCGAAAUUUUGAGGAACAUGAGGAUUCUCAAGCUUCAGGGUUGGGAGAUGAAGUUCUUGUCAAAAAUUGUCGAGCUCAGGAACACGGAGGCAGGAUGGUUGAGAAGAUACGUGUACACUACCGCCAUGACCUCUUUUGUUUUUUGGGUCGCCCCAACAUUUGUGUCUGUGGUCACGUUUGGUGCUUGUAUGCUUAUGGGAAUCCCACUGGAAUCAGGGAAGAUAUUGUCUGCACUUGCAACAUUUAGAAUACUUCAAGAGCCUAUUUAUAAUCUUCCUGAUACAAUUUCAAUGAUUGCUCAGACCAAAGUUUCCCUUGACCGAAUUGCUUCAUUCCUCCGUCUCCAUGACCUGCAGCCGGAUGUUAUACAGGUGCUGCCGAGAGGUACAUCUGACAGAGCCAUAGAGAUAGUUGAUGGGAAUUUUGCUUGGGAUGUGUCUUCUCCUACUUCAACUCUCAAAGAUAUAAAUCUCAUGGUGUCUCGUGGCAUGAGGGUUGCUGUUUGCGGUACCGUUGGUUCAGGCAAGUCGAGCUUAAUCUCUUCUAUCUUGGGAGAAAUGCCCAAAAUAUCAGGAGCUAUUAUGCUAAGUGGAACAAAGGCUUACGUUGCUCAGUCACCCUGGAUACAGAGUGGGACGAUUGAGGAAAAUAUACUUUUUGGUAAGGAAAUGGACAGAGAGCAGUAUGAGAAGGUUCUUGAAGCGUGUUCCUUAAAGAAAGACCUGGAAAUUCUCUCCUUCGGUGAUCAGACGGUUAUAGGUGAGAGAGGAAUCAAUUUGAGUGGUGGACAGAAACAGAGAAUACAGAUUGCGCGUGCCUUGUACCAAGAUGCUGAUAUCUAUCUUUUUGAUGAUCCAUUUAGUGCGGUGGAUGCUCAUACAGGGUCCCAUCUUUUCAAGAUAGUUGAUGGGAAUUUUGCUUGGGAUGUGUCUUCUCCUACUUCAACUCUUAAAGAUAUAAAUCUCAGGGUGUCUCGUGGCAUGAGGGUUGCUGUUUGCGGUACCGUUGGUUCAGGCAAGUCGAGCUUAAUCUCUUCUAUCUUGGGAGAAAUGCCCAAAAUAUCAGGAGCUAUUAUGCUAAGUGGAACAAAGGCUUACGUUGCUCAGUCACCCUGGAUACAGAGUGGGAAGAUUGAGGAAAAUAUACUUUUUGGUAAGGAAAUGGACAGAGAGCAGUAUGAGAAGGUUCUUGAAGCGUGUUCCUUAAAGAAAGACCUGGAAAUUCUCUCCUUCGGUGAUCAGACGGUUAUAGGUGAGAGAGGAAUCAAUUUGAGUGGUGGACAGAAACAGAGAAUACAGAUUGCGCGUGCCUUGUACCAAGAUGCUGAUAUCUAUCUUUUUGAUGAUCCAUUUAGUGCGGUGGAUGCUCAUACAGGGUCCCAUCUUUUCAAGGAAUGUUUACUGGGGCUUCUGGGUACUAAAACAGUAGUUUAUGUUACUCAUCAAGUGGAAUUCUUACCUGCUGCAGAUCUUAUCCUGGUCAUGAAAAAUGGGAGAAUUUCGCAAGCUGGAAAAUAUGAAGACAUUCUAAAUUCAGGAAGCGACUUUAUGGAACUUGUGGGUGCCCAUAAGGAAGCUUUAUUGGUGCUUGAUUCUGUAGAAACACGUUCAGGCUCAGGAAAAUCAAAUAUCAGCGAGGAAGUUGAUGGUAUUGGGGAGGCUAAGAAGGUUCUCAAGGAUGAGAAAACUGCAGUUGGUCAAAAUGGCAAAGCAGAUGAUGUUGGGGGGCCAAAAGGUCAGCUUGUUCAAGAAGAAGAAAGAGAGAAAGGUAAAGUUGGUUUUUCAGUCUACUGGAAAUAUAUCACAACUGCGUAUGGAGGAGCACUUGUGCCCUUUAUAUUGUUGGCACAAGUUUUGUUUCAGCUACUUCAAAUUGGAAGCAAUUACUGGAUGGCAUGGGCAACUCCGGUCUCCAGCAAUGUACCGGCUCCUGUUGGAGGCUCUACUCUUCUAGUUGUCUAUGUAGCUUUGGCAAUCGGAAGUUCUUUUUGCAUCCUUUCGAGGGCCUUACUUCUUGUAACGGCCGGGUACAAGAUUGCCACAAUACUGUUCAAUAAAAUGCAUUUCUGCCUUUUUCGUGCCCCUAUGUCUUUCUUUGAUGCCACCCCUAGCGGACGAAUUCUGAACAGAGCAUCUACGGACCAAAGUGCACUGGAUUUGAUCAUUCCAUCUCAAGUUUCUGCUUUUGCCUUCUCAAUCAUACAACUUCUGGGAAUUAUUGCAGUAAUGUCGCAGGUUGCUUGGCAGGUCUUCAUCAUUUUUAUUCCUGUCAUUGCAAUUUGCAUCUGGUUACAGCAAUAUUACAUAUCUUCAGCACGAGAAUUGGCACGGUUAAUUGGAGUAUGCAAAGCUCCAGUUAUACAACAUUUUGCUGAAACAAUCUCAGGAUCAACUACAAUUAGAAGUUUUGAUCAGGAAUCUAGAUUCCGGGACACAAAUAUGAAAUUGAUAGAUGGGUAUUCUCGCCCAACAUUUCACAGUUCUGGUGCAAUGGAGUGGCUAUGCAUUCGCUUGGAUAUGUUGUCUUUAAUUACAUUUACCUCUUCCUUGGUUUUUUUGAUCUCUGUUCCGGAGGGAACAAUUGAUUCGAGUGUUGCGGGAUUAGCAGUAACAUAUGGGCUUAAUCUUAACAUGUUACAAGCUUGGGUCAUAUGGAAUCUUUGUUCUAUGGAGAAUAAAAUUAUAUCAGUUGAAAGAAUACUUCAAUACACUUCUCUCCCUAGUGAGCCUCCUCUUGUUAUAGAAUCAAACAGGCCAGAGGCAGACGGUCACUGGCCAUCACAUGGUGAAGUUGACAUUCGUGAUCUCAAGGUGCGAUAUGCCCCACACAUGCCACUUGUGUUAAGAGGCCUCACAUGCACUUUCUCUGGAGGAAAGAAGACUGGCAUUGUAGGAAGGACGGGCAGUGGUAAAUCAACACUUAUACAGACACUCUUCCGUAUUGUUGAACCCGAUGGUGGACACAUUUUUAUAGAUGAUAUCAACAUCUCUUUGAUCGGGCUGCAUGAUUUAAGAUCUAGAUUGAGUAUAAUUCCACAGGAUCCAACCAUGUUUGAGGGGACGAUAAGAGGAAACCUGGAUCCGCUGGAAGAGCAUACGGACGAACAGAUUUGGGAGGCUCUCGAUAAGUGCCAGCUUGGAGACGAGGUUAGGAAGAAGGAAGGCAAACUUGAUUCAGCAGUUAAUGAGAAUGGAGAGAAUUGGAGUGUGGGUCAAAGACAGCUGGUCUGUCUUGGCCGUGUUCUACUGAAGAAAAGCAAGGUUUUGGUGCUUGAUGAGGCAACAGCAUCAGUUGAUACAGCGACUGAUAAUCUGAUUCAGCAAACCCUGAGGCAACACUUCUCCGACUCCACAGUCAUAACCAUUGCACAUAGAAUAACAUCUGUGCUCGACAGUGACAUGGUCCUACUAUUAGAUCUUGGAUUAAUCGAGGAAUACGAUACUCCAACCAAGUUGCUGGAAAACAAGUCAUCUUCGUUUGCUAGGCUCGUAGCAGAGUAUAGUGUGAGAUCAAAAUGAUGAUGACCAUCAAGUUGUAGUUAUGUUCUCAGGUACAAUUUGCCCCAAUGGAUGGGGCAUCUUCUAUGUUCCAAAUUAUUCUCCUAUUUGAGUGUAUGUGACGUGUGGAAAGCCAACUUAUACGUGCGUAUAUGUUCUACGCAAGAUGCGUUAUGAAUAAUCAAUAAAGAAUUGGUACCGAGUAUUAUUAUGUUGUUGGUAGAGAUGAGUUUGACAGGUUUUAAGAAUUUGCUUGGGCAUGUUUGGGAUAGAGAAGAUAUGUAUGGUGG